CUUGGUAUGGAAUGGAAUUAUGGGAAGUCGGAUGGAAUUGUCUAAACAUGGAUAUGUUUGCAUUAAAAUAAUUUUAGCUUUUUUCUUUUAAAAAUAACUACAUUUCAAUGGGGCCUAUAUUGCAUAAAUUGUACCACUAAGUUUUAUCACACUAGGUAGAUAUGGAUAAUUCAGCUAAAAAAGUUAUUUCUACGGAGGACAAGCGGUUAUGGAUCGGUAAUUUGGAUCCUAGAGUUACUGAGUAUCACCUUCUAAAACUUGUGCAAAAACAUGGUGUUAUUGAGAAGUUUGAUCUAAUUUUUCAUCGAAACGGACCUUUAGUCGGACAACCAAGAGGUUAUGCUUUUGUUACAUACGUAAAACAAGAAGACGCUAUUAUUGCAAAGAAUGCAUUACAUAACUUAUUAGUGGGACAGAAGAAUAUCAUAGUAACUUGGGCACAUAGUGUCAAUAAUGAAGAAGUCGAGAAACCAAAACCUGAAAUAGUAAUACCUGCAUUAGCUAUGUCAAAAGAAGGUAAAAAGACUGAUAGGAUAUCCCAAAUUCAGGCUAUCGAGGCUAAACUAAAAUUAAUGGAGAAAAAACAAGAAGACGAACUUAAGAUAAAUGAUACGGUUGCAACUAAACCACCUGUUAUCGUACAGUAUCAGUAUAAUAAGUCGCAGACAACCGCCAUCAGUAGUUUCAAACACAAACAUCCCCUCAAGAAGAGUGAUAGGUAUAAUAAACCAUAUAGUAAAAGCAAAUUUAGGAGAUAAUUAUAAUUAGGUAUUAGAUUUGAUUUAUGUAUUUAUUUAUUGAUUAUGUACGAAACUACUUACAAAUAUUACAAUUAUUGUUAUAAUUACUUUGUUGGUUUUUAGGAUAAUAGAAAUUGAGUUUUAACUUUUCGAUUUCAUUUUAAAUCUUUCUCAGAUUUGUAAUUUAUAUAUAUUUAGGCAACUUAAAUGAUUACAGUUAUUAUAAAACUUACUAAUAUAAAUAUAGCUAAUCACAAAAUUAGCUAAUAAAUAGCAAAUUUUUUUGUAAUUUGUGCUUGUAUUUGUUAGUAAGUUUUAUAACUUUGCGAAAUUAUUUAAUUGUGUUUAUUUCCUGUUACAACCCUGAGGAUGAUUUAAAAUUAAAACAAAACGUUGAUGUAGCAGAAAAUUCAAAUUUAUCAUAAAAAAAAACAAAAUAAUUAUUACAACAUUGAGGGAUAUGAUUUUUAGCACUAUUAGAAUUGUUGCAGUGGGGUCCAAAUUAUAAACUUUUUUAUGUCAUUUAUGAAAAUGAUAAAUUAUGAACUUGUAAAUUUACAGAAUAUAUUCUCAGUAUGGAUAUGAACCGAAUAAGUUGAAACAAAUUUGAACAAGUUUACCUUAAUAUACAAAACUAAUUUUUUUGAUUACUUUUCUAUUAAACAAAUUAGUAAAUUAUUGAAAUAUUUUUCUACUAUUUCAAACAAAUUAUAGAUCGAAUUAACAACUUAUGAAUAGUCUCUUGAUAUUUUUUAAUGUUAGUAAUUAAUAUUUAUUAUUUUAUUAUUAAUAGUUUUCUAAUUCGUCAUGUACUCUAAAUAUUUUCUUAUCAGCUUUCCGAAUUAACACAAGUAAUCAGUAAUCACUUUGUCACAUAUUGUUUUAUAUUGCCUUGUCUUUUAAUAAAUUUCAUUCAGUUUA